AUGGUUCGAGGGGAAGUCAAGAGCCUGAGGCUUCUCGGCCUGCGCGUCGUCAGCUGGUGCCGCACGACGCUGGGAGGCAGCCAUCGAGCCCAGCGUGCCUGCCGCAUAGCGGCCGAUGUCAUCAGCUACAAUGCUGCUAUCAGUGCUUGCGAACGAGCGUGCCGCUGGGAGCAGGCGCUGAUCCUUCUGUUUGCGCUGCCACACGCCUGGCUGCGAGCGGAUACCGUGACCUUCAACGCCUGCAUCUCUGCGUGCGAGGCGUGCGCACGCUGGGAAGUGGCCCUGCUGCUGUUGCACGGCAUGGGCAAGGCCAAGCACCCACCGGAUGUGGUGAGCUACAGCGCUACGAUCAGUGCCUGUGAGAAAGGCUUCCAGUGGACGAUGGCGCUUUCUCUGCUGGAAGGGAUGAUCUCGAUGGGCAUCGUUCCAGAUGUGAUCUGUUUCAACGCGGCCGCGGCCGCAUGUGAAAGCUCCGGAGCGUGGCGCGAGGCACUGGCUGUCGGCAUGGCGCUUCAGGCCACGACGCUGCAGCCAGACGUUGUGACCUUUGGCGGCCUUUUGGGAGCAUGUGGCAAGGCUCAUCUCUGGCCGCUGUCGCUUCUUAUCCUGGGCGAGAUUUGCUCCAGGCGACUUGCGGCCGACAUCGUCACCUACAACGCUGUAGCCGCGGCCUGCCAUGGAGCGAGCGCGUGGCGGCAGAUCGUGUCCUUGAUGGAAGCCAUGAGCCGGAGGACCUGCGCGGCCAACAUCCUGACCCUAGACACCGCGGCUUCCUCUGCAGAUGCCGGCCGGGCCAUCCGCCCCUUGCGCCAGCUCCUUCGCCGGGCUGCUGUGGAAGCCGCCCAGGGAUUGCGCUUCUUCUCGUCGUAG